UGCUUCUGAGUCUGACACAACCAAGGCUGUCAAAUGCUUGAACAUUUUUAAUCAUGAUAGCUGGCCAGAGAACCAAGAUGACUUGGUGGACCUUGGUGCUGGUGACCUUGGAUUUCUCUUGGAUCACUUCUCCACAGUCCUUAAGAGUUUGUGAGAGAGGGUUCUCUGCACAGAAGAGGAUCAAAUCAGACACUAGAGCAUCCCUUCAUUCAGACACAGUGGAAGAUCUGAUAAGAAUUAGUGUAGAGGGGACAAGUCUGGAAGAUUUGGAUGCUAAAGAAAAUGUGGGCAAGUGGUUUAGCCAAGGCCAAAGAUCUAGAAGGCCAAACUUCAAGAGUUGGCCAUCUGAGGGGCAUGUGACUGCAAUGGAGGAUAGGCCAUAAGACAUGGAGCCAUGAGAUGUUCAGUUUAAUUUAUUGUUUUAUUUCAUGUAUCUUGAGAUGUUAUAAGUUUAUCUUUCAGCUCAAUGAAGUACUUUAAGCACCAACACUUUUUCUGUAGGUUACCUAUAUUUAGAAAUGUGCUUUAAAUAAAGAACUUGUUGUUUACCAGAU